AUGAAGCUUCAAAGCGUUAAUGCAUUUCUUAUCAUGUUCGCUGGCACCGUAGUAAUUGGACUCUUUUAUUUUGGCUUCACUUCCCCCUCAUUAAGAUAUAUAGAGCAAAGACUUUGCCUAAAUAAAACUAAAAAGAGCCGGGAAAAUGCUCUCUUGCAGUCGCCUCAAGGGUUCAUAUAUAAGCAACCCAGUGUAGUGGGCCCAGAUGGGAAAGUUGGUCCUCUGACACCAUGGUUAGCUCCAAUUGUAUCUGAAGGAAGUUUUGAUCCCACACUGAUUGAUGCAAUCUACAAACAACAGAACAUUACAGUAGCAACCACCAUUUUCGCUCUUGGAAAAUACACCAUUUUCCUAAAAGAUUUCCUGGAGUCUGCAGAGCAACAUUUUUUUGUUGGGUUUCGUGUGCACUAUUAUGUCUUCACUGAUCAUCCAGAGCAGGUUCCUGAUGUGAAACUGGGUGAAGAACAUGAACUGACGGUGAUGACAGUCAAUAGUUUAAGCAGAUGGCAGGAGAUGAGUUUGGGCAGGAUGAAAAGGCUGGAGUUGCUGAUUGAGAGUGGACUGGUCAAUGAUGCUGACUAUCUUUUCAGUCUUGAUGUGGAUACAAAGUUCUACGGCCGCUGGGGAGCAGAGUCUUUGGGUGAUCUUAUAGGUGUGAUACAUGCAUGGUUUUAUUAUACACCUCGUGAGCAAUUCCCAUAUGAGCGAAGGCCUGAGUCUCAAGCGUUUGUCCCUUAUUCUGAGGGUGAUUAUUAUUAUGGUGGAGCUGUGCUUGGUGGUUCAGUGAAGCAAGUAUAUCAGCUUGCUAAAACCUGUCGAGAGCAGCUGGACAUUGAUGCAGCUAAAUCCAUUGAGGCAGCAUGGCAGGAGGAGUCCCAUUUGAACAAGUACUUCAUUUAUAACAAACCCAGUAAACUGCUUUCACCCGAAUAUUCUUGGGAUGAUAAAAGAGGGACACCACGAGAGAUGAAAAUGGUUAGAUUUUCUCAAGUUCCUAAAAACUAUGAUGAAGUUCGUCCAAACACAUAA